GCAUGCCAAAUAAAUCAGACUCAUCAUAUUGGCAUUUGUUUUCUAUUGGAUACAACUGGAAGCAUGUAUUCCUACAUUAACGAAGUGAAAGAACAAAUCGUAGAGAUAGUUGCGCGUUUGGAGGCAAGUGGUUGCGGAAUAGAGGGAUUAGCUUUUGUUGGCUACAAAGAUUGGUGUGACGGGAUUAACCACUUCGAAAUACUUCCGUUCACCAAAUCUGUUUCUGAAUUCAAGUCGUUUGUUGCCACUAUCUGCGCAAAAGGAGGUGGAGAUUUUCCGGAAGAUGUUCUUGGAGGACUCAGUCGCGCAAUAUCUCUUAAUUGGCCACAGAAUAGUGGUACCAGAAUAAUUUUCCAUCUUGGUGACGCUCCUGCACACGGGAAAACUAUUUUCCAUGAUGGUCGUCGUAGAGAUGAUUACGAAAACGGCCACCCCAACGAUCCACCACUUCAGGAGCUUUUUCGGGAGAUGCGUCGCAAGAAAUUGAUGUACUAUUUCGGCCGUAUAAACGGCGAAUGCGACAGGAUGAUAGCGACCUUUGAAAGAUAUCUCGGCGAAAAAAUAGAAACCGUAGACAGCGCAGAAGUCGGUAACGUUUUGCGUUCAGUAAUGGAAAGCGUAAUGAGGUCAGUCUCUGUCACUCAUCGUACUGAUUUUCCUAGUAUGGUUGACAAGAAAUUACUACCAUUCAACAUGGACAAAAAAGAACCGAACUGGGACCAACUCCCGCGUUUAGACGGCACUAUUUUAACUUUCGAGUUACCGACAUCGGUUGAAGAAAUAACUUCGUUUGCCAAGCUACAGGAUAAAAUUAAAAAGUGCCGACUGCAGAUUGCUCCGAAUCCUUUUGCCAAAGGGUCGGUUCGUUUGGCUUACUUCGGCAAAAUUUUUUAUUCGUCGUCGAAAGACGCCAAUUCAUCGGCUUCCGAAAGUGUUGACGGCGUUGUAUUUAAAGAAAUUAUUUCGCCACCGAAAGUAGCAGAUCUUGAUUGCUGGCGUUACCGGAGUGAUCUUGAAGUACAGACAGUUGCCGCUAAACUGGCGAAAGAAUUUAAUUUUAGGCUGUUUAAAACCCACCACAACCCCAACAUCACAAUGAAAUUCUUAAAGACCAAAGUUGCUCGCGUUUUUAAAGAUGUCGCUCCGCGUUAUUUAGCUUACGAGCAAAGAUUCCGUGGGGUAAGUCCCAACAUGGUCAAAUAUACAAACAACGUAGACUUCGUUCAUGAUGCUUAAUCUUUGGACGAAAAUGGCCGCAAAAGACUCGAAAUUGCUUUAGCGUUUUCCCAUUUCAGCCACGAUAUCACCGAUGGAUACUUGCUCGUUUGUGAUUUGCAAGGAGUUUCCUAUGUAAACGCAAAAGAGAAAGAAAUUCUGUUACUAACGGACCCCGCUAUUCACUGUUCAAAGCACAUUCGUUUUGGGAAAACCAAUCUAAGCCCUAUUGGCAUAAACAAAUUCUUUAAAAAGAAUGUAUGCAAUAAAUAUUGUCGAGCAUUAGGAUUGAAGAUGCCCAGUGGAUAAGCAGUCUGAGAAGAAGAAUGUCACUUA